GCGCGUGCGCGGUGUGGCGCGGGAGCAGGAGCGAUGGGGCUGGGACAGAACAGCGGCGUGAGGGUUGAAUGGAUUGCUGCAGUCUCCUUAGCUGCUGGAGCAGCUGCUGUCGGGUAUCUAGCUUACAAAAAAUUUCUCUCUAAAGACAAAUGCUGCAAAGCAAUGGUGAAUCCUCACAUCCAGAAGGAUAACCCCAAGGUGGUCCACGCGUUUGACAUGGAGGAUCUGGGAGACAAGGCCGUGUACUGUCGCUGUUGGAGGUCUAAGAAGUUCCCCCUUUGUGAUGGCUCUCACACAAAGCACAACGAGGAAACUGGCGACAACGUGGGGCCUCUGAUCAUCAAGAGGAAGGAGGCGUAGAGUGGACAGUAGAAGCUACAAAAUGAAUGUCUGACAAAUCCUCUGCUCACUUGUAAUUGAGGGGGGGGGAAAAACCACAAAUCCUUUGUCGUGUCACUGAAGACUUCCCAAUGUAGUAUAUACAUUAGGCUUCAGCAUGUGUAUUUUCUCUGGUGCUUGUUGUCUUUCAAUCACUACAAUGCAUAAUUUACUAAAUAGUCAUGGUUUAAAUUUCUGGUCCUGUAAAGUGUGUGUACCCUCUCACUGAGUAUGAAACUAAAAUGACGCACAGAAUGUACUUCUUUGGGAAAUAGGUAUUAAAUUAUUUUCAAAUACAUGUAUAUCAAAAGGUAGAUCCUGAAAUCCUGUAGAGUUUCUGAAGUCACAAAGCUGGGUAGAUUUCCAUGUAAAAGGCAGUGGCAGGGAAGAAAUCCCGGUGCCAAAAUGCAGCUUAAUCUCUGAUUGUGCUGCAUUUUCUGCAAGUGUCAUGUUUGGCCUGUUACACUUCUGUGCUGUGUGGCUUCUGUGAAAGAAUGACCUCAAAAUUGCCAGCUAUGAACAGGCAACAGAAAAGGCUGAUAGUAAAAUCGGGUGUGAGGGCAACUUCACCUUUGAUUUUACAGCAGUAUUGAAACUUGACCCAACUUCCACGUGGUAUCAAGAACGUACCUCCCAAACCUGUACUGAGAAUAGGAUUAGGAAGAUGGUCUCUGAGAGAGCUUUCUUAAUAGACCAGUGGAAUGACACAGAGUGCUCCAAGGGGGAUGGACAGGGGGUGCCAGAAAACCUUAGUUUCACUUGCAGUCUCAGAGUGAAGCCAACUUCCCCAGACCACAGCACACUUCUGUGGGGAGGCUAUGCCGAUUGAUUCCAGAAUCU